AACUGUUUGCGGUGUAUUUUUGUGUAAAUAAGCGUAGUGAAUUCGCAUAAAAUAAUUAUUUUUAUAAUGAAAGUAAUAAUGUUUGCAUACUUAAUUUCGUAUGCAGUCGCUGUGGGUCAUGCGAAACUAUUGCGACUCGAGAACACAUUGACUGGCGCGCUUGUGUUGACUGCAGACGCUAUCGGAGGUGCUGCUACGUGGAAUUAGCAAGCAUGCGAUUGAGCAGCAAGUGCCGGUGGGAAAAUAUUAACAAAAUGACAAAAAACGUGUGUUUAAAUAUCUGUUUUGUGGAAAAGUAUGUAUAGUAAAUAAAUAAAGCUGGUAAAACAGCUGAGUAUUUUUAUGAGUACGGAGUGUAACAGCAAGUGCAACAGUUGUGUUGAAGCAGAGUUAUAAACAGAUACUAAGGUGCGAGAGCAAGAAACAGGAAUAAAUUAAAUAAAGAGCAACAAAGAAUAUAAAAAUUAAUAGUGAAAACAAGUUAAAAGUUAAACAACAAAACAUAAAAUAAAAUAAAAUCGAAAAUACAACAAUUAAUAACAAAAAAUUUUCCCGCAGCACCAAGGAAUUCCAGCAACUGUUUAUUUAAUGAUUAGAUAAAAGUCAAAACAACAACAAAUAUACUAAGUCAAAGCCCAAAAGUUACACAUACGCCUAGUGGCGACUACACAUACUACGAUAGCAGUAAAUGAAACAUUAUCAACGUUAAAGCAGAUAUGUACUUAACCACAUACGUACAAAGUACAUAUGUAUGUAUUUGAUUUUUGCCUUUUGCGAAGUGCGGCCAAAACCGUUUUGUGUUGUGAGAACGUGCGGGUUUAUAAUAAAAUCAAUAUAAAUUAUUAAAAAAAUAAAAAAAUUGAUAUAAGCAAAAAAUGUUAACAGAAUUUGCGGGCAAUUUGGCACAUCACCUGGAAUUUGGUCAUGCCUUGGAGAUUGUGGCGAAAACCAUAGACAGCGCCUCAAGAUUCCAAAUCAGUUUGUCGACGGCCAAAUCGGUGAUAGAUCCAAAUGCCGACAUCGGUUUGCGCUUCGCUUGCUACUUUCGCAAGGAUAUAAUUGUGCGCAAUGCACGUAUCGGUGGCGUGUGGGGUGCGGAGGAGAUACAUGACAUUGAAGGUCAUUCAUUGCAGAAUCCCAUUGAGUCGGGAGAGUUUUUCGUAAUUUACAUACUCGCUUGUGAGGAGAAAUUUCACAUAGCGAUCAACAAUCGGCCCUUUUGCACAUUCAGAUACCGCAUGCCACUCCAGUCGCUGCGCAGCAUCGAGAUAAGCGAGCAAAUACAGGUGAUUAAGCAGGUGGAUCAUCGCGCUGUCUUUCCCUAUCCCUGGCCAGCAAUACAAUCAUCCGAUUUUGGCAAAGCUUUCAGUAAUGAUUCACCGAUAAUGUUCAGCCCCGGGCAUUUGAUUGUGAUAACCGCGCGUUGUUUCGAUAAUAAGAAGGGUCAAUUUAUAAUUAAGUUUUUGGAUAGCGACACGAAACGUGAGGAGCUGCAUUUCAGCGUGCGUUUCGAUCAGAAAGCUGUGGUGCGCAAUUCAAUGAAUAAGGCCUUUGAAUUUGGACAAGAGGAGCGCCAUGGCGGUUUUCCAUUCGUCUUUAAUCAGCAAUUCAAGCUUGCCAUCGCGUUUACGGAGCGCGAAUUCCUCACCGCCGUGGACGGCUAUAACUUCUGCAGCUAUGCCUAUCGCACAACAAAUGUAUUUCAAAAUCUUGUCGGCUUCAAGGUCACAUGCAUAAAUGGCUUGCACAUGCAUGUGACGGGUGUGGACCACUUGCAAAUGGGUGACCCCUCUUGCACGGGUUUCGAAAAGUAUUCAAAGCACGACUAUGAAUGUGCUUAGCACCAAACAUACCGUAAAACAAAUUUUCUUGUCUCACGCAUUGAAUAUAAGUAUAAAUAUUUUUUGUACAAAACUAUUAGUCAUACAUAA